CGGGCCUGGCCGGUGCCAUUCCAACAACGCCCGAACUGUGCGGCGGUCUGUGAGCUGUGCCAAGAAGAACCAGGCACGCCAACAGCAGAUGCUGCCCACUGCCCAUGGCUUUCAGGGAUGCGAAUGCCAGGAGACACAUUGGACUCCAGCAGCUCUCAUCCUUAGCAUCCCCUGGGAGAACAUUCCUGGGGCCAAUGAAAUCACAUAAAUUCAUUGUGGAUGAAAUCACCAACCAGAGCACAUUGAUUUGUUCUGCUGUUAGACUGAUUGAAAGCUUGGAUUUGACAAGUGCUGUUGGACAGCUUCUUAAUGAAACCAUUCAGGCUCAGAACAAGGAGUUUAAGACUGGGAUGAGUACCCUGUUGUUCCUGGUUGGAGCGUGGAGCAGUGCUGUGGUGGAGUGCCUCCAGCAGAACGUUCCUGUUCCAGCAAUAGUGUCUGUGAUGUCUGAGGGGUUGAACUCUUGCUGUGAGAGAGUCCAGUGUCUUCAAAUACCAAUACAGGAUGUAAAGAAAGAGCUGUGUUCUAGCCCAGUAGGGCCAAAGCCUUGUGAAAGCAAAACCGGACAAGUUGGAUGUGAUGGUCUUACAAAUCCUUGGAAUUGUCUUUGUUUUCAGAGAGAUAUUUCUGCAACAGAAGAAGUAAUUCCAGUAAAUUCUUGUUCCCAUCAAGGAGAUGAUUGCAGUUUUAACAAGUUCCUGGUUUCUCCCUUGGCUGGCUUUGGUUCAGUGCCUUCUGUUGUCAAAGCAGUGGGUGACAGAAGUUCAUCUGCGCUGUCUGUCAGUGGUGGUACUGCAUCCAGCUCUAUCACACGCAAGUUAACCCACAGCAGGCACUUCAGCACUCUUGGGAAAAGCCAUUUUUCAAGUCAGCAAGAUAGUUUUCAGGAAUACCUUUCAGGACCAUCAGCAGAUGUGUGUGGAUGUUGUGGUUUAGGACACCUGGCAACGGCUCUGAGCCACGGAAACCAGACCAGCGUGAAACUGCUACAAAGCAUCGCUGCUUAUCAGCAAGAGAGAGCAGAGUGCAGUGGCUCUUCCCAGAUUAAUAUCACAGAGAUUGUGACGUGCUGUGUGCUGGGCCUGCCUGAGGGCUACUCCUGUGUCUCCCCAGGCUUUGUCACGUUAGUGUCACCAGAGCAAGCCACAGUCCUCAAACACUUUGCAGACAAACCCCUGCGGAUUCUGCUGGUGGAUGGUGACCUCACGGAGCGGUAUCGACACUUAGGUUUUAACAGACCGUGUAAUGUAAGGACCGUUUUGGAGCAUCCCAAUCCACAGGGAAGCAGCGCAGGAGAUGUGUGGCUAAGCAGAAUGUCAGAUAUUCUGAUGAGCUUUGAGGUAAACCUGGUUUUGGUCAAAGGAAACGUGUGCAAAGACUUGAUGGAAAGGUGCCUCGCCAGCAGGAUCUUGGUAAUUGGCUGUGUGGCUCGGGAUGUGCUGCGUGCCUUUGGGGCAGCCACAGGUGCCCAGGCAGUGACGUACCUGAGCCAGGUGAACGCUUCCUGCGUGGGGAAUGGGGCCUGGGCGGAGCUGUGGGAGGCCGGCGAUGGGCGCGCGGUGGAUUUGGGUGAGCUGGUGCCGGCGCGGAUCGGCGCGGGAGGCCUCGCCCUGCUCACGGCCGUGCUCACCACUGCCCUGCCUUGCAAGGCGCAGCUCCUGCAAGACCAGUUCUGGGCUUUGCUCUGUCGACUCCGUCACGCUCUGAAGGACGGGACGGUUUUCCCUGGGGGCGGCGCAGUGGAGCUCCUGUGCCUCAGUCACAUCCAGGCGCUCACAGAGCAGCCCGGGCGACCGGGAAUCGACAGAGCUGUGAGAGAGCUUCCCAGUCUCUGGCUGGCAGAGUACAGAUCCGUUUACAGAUCCGUUGUGCUCCAGGCACUGGCGAGCGGCUGGAAGCAGUACCUCUCCGUGCUCCUGUGUAACACUGCCAAGGCCAGCUCCGAGCUGCAGGCGGGUGCCUCAGUGGAUCACCACCUCCAGAAAGCAGCGGCCUGUGGCUCUCCCUCAGCUUAUAUUUUGGAAGAGUUUAGGAGAGGUGGAGUGUUCAGUGGCGGCUCUGAUCCCUUCCCUAACCAGGUCACAGAUUUAAAGGUUUGUGAUAACGUUGCGGCCAAGACAGAGGCGUGGAGGAGAGCUCUGGACCUGGUGCUGCUGGUGCUUCAAACUGAUGCUGAAAUCAUCACAGGCCCCAGAAGGAAUCAGAUCAUGAACUCGCCUAUGUCAAGUGAAUUUAUGUUUUUAUAGGGUUUUCAGGAUUUGUAAAUUCAUGAGUCAGUGGGAGAAGCCCAGGUUCGACCUACAUGGCUUUUAUAAAGCAAACAAUGAGAUGUGAUUGUGACUUUAGAAUGUAACAGCAGAAGUCAGAGUGAGACAGUCACAAGGUAAUUUCUUAUUUCUAGAAAUGAGAAUUAAAUAACAAACAAAAACCACUUGUGGGCUUAUCUCUAACCCAGGCCAUACAUUUCUAGCUAAUGUUAUUGCCUGUAUGGAUGUUCCUCAUGUCUGCUGAAGAGAGGGAGAGAUCUCUUGCAUAAGAUUGCUGUACUUGUGUUAAAUGAAAGACUAUACUGUAAUUAUUUCUUAAUACCUUGUUCUUAAUUGUUGCAUAUUGCAAACAUAAGAUUUAAACUUGAAAUAAUGUGUUACAUUUUAUACUGAGAGAUUGUAUGAAUAGAUUCUAUUUUUGUAUAUUUAUAUGGUCCUUGCAUCUCUGAUUUCCCAAUAUAUACUCUCUGGAAUUUCUCUAGUUUUGACCAAUUCAGGCUGAAUCCUUCCUUGUGGUAUUAAAGAUUGGAUGCAUCUCUACACAAAAUUUUCUUUUACAUUGCCAACUGGAUUUGUAGUUAAUUUCCAUGGGGUCUUUCAGCUAUCCUUGAAGAGAGGAAAAUGUUGCUAUAAGUUUUAGGUGUUGGCCAACAACUGGAAAUGAAUCCCUCCUGGUUGUUGAGGCACGGCAUUUUUGCUGUGUUACAGCACUGACAGUUUGAAAGCUGGGCACUGGAGAGCUGGCACUUCAUUGCAAGAGAGAGGUGUGUAACUAUGGAGAUAUUUUUUUCUGAACUUGGCAUUCUGAGUCACACUGAAAGUGAAAUGUCUCACCAGG